AGGGGCAGGGCCUCGGCCGGCUGCUCUCACUCGGCGCCGCCAUGCCCAAGGUGGUGUCUCGCUCCGUGGUCUGCUCCGACACCCGGGACCGCGAGGAGUACGAUGAUGGCGAGAAGCCGCUGCACGUUUACUACUGUCUGUGCGGCCAGAUGGUGCUGGUGCUGGACUGUCAGCUGGAGAAGCUGCCCAUGAGGCCUCGAGACAGAGCUCGGGUGAUUGAUGCAGCCAAACAUGCCCAUAAAUUCUGUAACACAGAAGAGGAGGAAAAUGUUUAUCUCAGAAGACCUGAAGGUAUUGAGCGGCAGUACAGGAAGAAGUGUGGGAAGUGUGGACUUCUGCUCUUCUACCAGCACCAGCAGAAGAAUGCCCCAGUUACUUUCAUUGUCGAUGGAGCUGUGGUCAAGUUUGGCCAGGGCUUUGGGAAAACAAACAUAUACACUCAGAAACAGGAGCCUCCCAAAAAGGUGAUGAUGACCAAGCGGACAAAAGACAUGGGCAAGUUCAGUUCAGUCACGGUCUCCACCAUUGAUGAAGAGGAGGAGGAGAUUGAAGCACGAGAGAUUGCAGAUUCCUAUGCGCAGAAUGCUAAAGUGAUUGAAAAGCAGCUGGAACGCAAAGGCAUGAGCAAAAGGAGGCUGCAGGAACUGGCUGAGCUGGAAGCCAAGAAAGCCAAGAUGAAAGGAACCCUGAUAGAUAAUCAGUUCAAAUAAGAGGAAUCCACAUCAGAUCAUGCUCAGGCAGCUGAAUAUUUGGAGAGGGAGGAAAACCAACAGCAACUCCUGAGACUCCAACAGAGAAUUCAAUCAACCCUGCAGACCUUAAGUACAACUUUUAAGAGCUAUGCAUCGAAACCAGCUUGGAAGGUGACACUGUCUCUGCUACAGACUGUACUUUGAUCUCUGGUAUUUUAAUACACUGAAGGACUUCAAAGACUUUUUUAAAAUUACAACUUCUGUGCACACUCGAGUGUUUUGCCUGUCUUUUUGGGGUAAUAUCUGUUCCAGAGGAAACCCCUCUGCCAGGUGUGUGCAUGGGAUUAAGACACUGUUACAAAAGAUCAGUGUGUUAUUUUCAGAUGUACAUAAAAUUCCAGUAAAUACCUUAGAUGUGUAGGUAAAGCAAUAAUCUAUGUACAGCAAAUAAAUCCUUAUAAAGU